AUGCCACCCACAAGUCCUCCUCCCUUCCCUUCUCUGUCGAACCUUGACGAACUCCUUGCCGAUGACCGCGGAUCCGGCCACGCGACAUCCUCUUCCUCACUAACCACCGCCGCCGUCCCGUCGUCCUUGUCCCCUUCGACAAACCACCACCGCAACAACCACACCACCCACUUCCAUACCUCAGCGGCAACGUCUGGUCAGGCGAGCUCGACAGGUCCCCAGGAUAUCGAAAUGGAUUCCAUUCCGGCCGGCCACAGGCGGAGACGGAGCAGCUUGCUCAACGGGGUCUCCCCUUUCCGAGCUACCCGUGCCCGCUCUCAGUCUCAGUCCAACACCUUGCAAGACGAGCCCAAGAUCUUCGAGGAAGGCAAAGACGGCGACUCAAUUGGACUGGGCGAGUUUAGCGACGGCAGCGUCUCGGACGAGGACCUCCACGACGACGAGGAGACGGGUCUCACGAAGAGGGAACGGGACCGGCGGAAGUGGAGGAAGAGGCGGAAUACUCUGCUGGACCAGAGAGUUGCGCCUGAGAAGAUCAGCGAGGAAGAGAAGAAGGAAGCGGACCAGAGCGUGGUUCGGUCGUCGCUCAUUAACGUCGCGUUAAUUGCUCUCUGGUAUACAUGUUCCCUGAGUAUAUCUCUGAAUCACCUAGGCUCGGACAUGGGUCGAUCGAGGCAUGAGUCUGAGCCUAGGCAACCCAUAAUGACCAAAUGGUAUUAUCUUACGAGAAUUACCCCCUGCGGCGCUGCCACUGGACUGGACAUCGGCCUCGGGAAUACUUCUCUGAAGUUCAUCACCUUAACAUUUUACACUAUGUGUAAAUCUUCUGCUCUCGCAUUCGUUCUUCUCUUUGCGUUCGUGUUCAGACUCGAAACCCCGACUCUCAGACUUGUUACCAUUAUCGCCGUCAUGACAAUCGGCGUUGUCAUGAUGGUCUUCGGCGAAGUCAAGUUCCACCUCGGUGGCUUCAUCCUCAUCAUCUCGGCGGCCUUCUUCUCCGGUUUCCGCUGGGCCCUCACCCAGAUCCUACUACUCCGCAACCCCGCCACCUCCAACCCAUUCUCCAGCAUCUUCUACCUCGCCCCCGUCAUGUUCGCCUCUCUCUUCUUGCUCGGCUUCAUGGUAGAGGGCUUCAUCCCUCUCAUCGAAGGUGUCGUCACGCUUCAGGGCGAGUGGGGAACUUUCAUGACCCCAGCUUUCCUGCUCUUCCCGGGCUGUAUCGCCUUCCUCAUGACGGCGUCCGAAUUCGCUCUGCUGAAGCGCACCUCCGUCGUCACGCUCUCCAUUGCCGGCAUCUUUAAGGAGGUCGUCACCAUCUCGGCCGCGGCCCUCGUCUUCGAGGAUAGGCUUACGCCCGUUAACUUUGUUGGCUUGCUAACGACCAUGGUCGCCAUUUUCGCCUACAACUGGUUCAAGAUUCAAAAGAUGCGUCGCGAGGCGCAGGCCGAAGUCCACAAGCAGCACCACAUGCUGGAAGGAUCCGUGUCGACGUCGCCUCAUAGCGCUAGCGAUAUCGAAACCGACGAGAAUUCUGAGGACGCCGGGCUGCUUAGGCAUGGCGGGGACCAUCAUCACCUCGACGUGAGGACGGCGUCGCCGGCAAAUAGUUCCGACGGUGCACAUAGGGAACACAGGCUAUAG